ACUUCGUCAACUCCCGCGGUUCAAGUGGAUUUGCGCGUUGCAAGAUACUGUGUUUUUGGGCCAAUAUUUCUGUUUAGCGUGACUGGCAACACUUUGGUUAUAUUGACUGUGUUGAUCUUACGGAAAAUGAGAACCGUGCCUAUGAUCUUCGUCGCCAACUUGGCAGCCUGCGAUCUCACUACGACCAUAUCAAGCAUAGCAUUUGAUCUGCCGGAGGUUGAGCUUGGUUUUUGGCCUUAUGGUGGGGUUCUGUGCAAGAUUAUCUGGCCGCUAGCUACGUUCUCCACUAACGCAGCUGCUUUAACUCUUGUGGCAAUAUCGAUCGAUCGCUUCGUCUCUAUCAUCUGUCCUCUUAAUCUGAGGUACCGCAUAACGAGAGGCAAGUGUCUGAAAAUGAUCCUGGCAAUUUACUGCAUUUCAGCAUUAGCCGUAACACCUUACUCGGUGAUUUUGACAUACAAUGCUUCGGAUUCACCCACCUGCGACGAAAACUGGCCCAAGGGAUACUAUUUGGCUAAAAUUUACACAGUAUUUUUAUUUGCGCUGCAGUACGGACUUCCACUCAUCGUCAUGUCUGUGAUUUACACGCGCAUUGGUCUAAAACUCUGCAAAAACUCUAGCAAAGCUGCGGCACUAAGCACGGGUCGUGGCAAAAAAUCACGAACUUCAACCAACUCUGGUAAACUGUAUCACAGUGCUUCAGACGCCGCGGAGUAUGCACUUCAGAAACGCAAGCGCCAGAAUGAAAAAACUGCAAAAAUGCUUCUGUUUGUGGUUGUGAUUUUUUUGGUGUUUAUGAUGCCACAUCAGUUGCUUUGGUUAAGCCACGAUUUCUCCUCGCACAGCCAAACUUUUAUAGACUAUGAAGAACUGAUAUCUUUUGUAUGCGGGGCUUUCACUUAUGCAAAUUCUGUACUAAACCCUAUCAUUUAUGGUGUGUGUAACGGCAACUUUCGAAGAGGUUGUCUGGCGAUUGUUAAGUGCCAGUGCAGUAAGGCCAGCCAGAGAAGGCAGGCAAGAAAACAGAGGACAGAAUCCUUCGGCGUUAAGCCAAAGCAAAAGCGAUUGAGGUUAGAUUCGACAUUUAGAAGCACGACCACAAUGGACUCUGUGACUAGUGCAUUGCUAAAAGAAACCGAAGACAACAGAGACCAGCAUUUACGGAAGGAAGUUUUAAAUAAAAAGGUUACUGCAAAUGGAUUUAAAAACUCUGCGCCGAGUUUAAGUAACGGAAGUGCCCCCAGAACAGUGAUAAGGGACGAGCAAGCAUUCAAUGAAUCGGCAGUAAGUGACAUAAAUGCGAAUUGUUUUGCUGUGGAAAGGCCAAUGCAGCACAACUCUGCAAAACCGAAUUCUCGGAAAUCUCUUUACGAAAAUACCUCUAGAAACGGUGUAUUUAACCUGCCACUUGAAACAAAAUAUGACACGUCUUACUGGCUUAGCGAAACAGAAGCUCUUCUAAACAGGCUCUGUCAAGAACUAGACGUCGACACGACAGGAGAGAAAGGGGCGCGUUUUUCGCCGCAACGAGAUACUUCGCAGGGUCGAGAAAAGUACGCUUACGGGUGUAAUGAAAGAGAGACUAUACUCUAACCUCACGAAAGAUAAGUCGAUCUAUGAUUUUUAUAUUUGCAAAAUGAGCGUUUUCGGUCCACUAAAAUAAGCAUGGUGUAGGCGGGUACCGCGUGUUAGGGAGUAUGGCGAUUAUCACUUUUGAGAACAUGUCGACGCUGUGAUUAACCCUUAACCCAUGCUUGAAAAAAAAAACCCUGCAACUCUAAACUUCGUCUUCUAUUUGUUUUAGGCCAGUAUCACUCUAAGUAUUAAAUACAGGAAACAAGGACCGUUUACUCGUGUAAAGACGAAAUGAACCGCAAGAAAUACAGACACCUCCUAAGUUUUGUCUGACGAAAGGCCACAGGCGGUCGUUUCCACGCACACAUAAAUCAACUUCGGUAUAAACAGGAAAGCGUAGAGUACAAUAGCUUUUAUUAAAAUAAAUCUCGCGGGGAGGAUUUCGUCCGCGUACUGGAAAUAUAAACAAGUAUCUCUUAUACCGCAUUAGAAACGUACAGAACAUGGCAAAAUUAAAAGAAAAGUAUUCGGAGGCUUUGACAUGAAAUCUUAAGUCCUCCAACUAAACAGAAUCAUUUUGUACAGCAAAAAAAGGCACCUAAGCAUUAGCAUUUCUGCUCAGCACUACUGCUCAGUUGCCUCAUUUAAGAUAGUAGCUAGAAGUACGAUGGAACAGCCUCGUACAGCGUACCGUAUUGGCAAGGUCGUGUGUAUUUUUAUUUGCGCUGCAGUACGGACUUCCACUCAUCGUCAUGUCUGUGAUUUACACGCGCAUUGGUCUAAAACUCUGCAAAAACUCUAGCAAAGCUGCGGCACUAAGCACGGGUCGUGGCGAAAAAUCACGAACUUCAACCAACUCUGGUAAACUGUAUCACAGUGCUUCAGACGCCGCCGAGUAUGCACUUCAGAAACGCAAGCGCCAGAAUGAAAAAACUGCAAAAAUGUUUCUGUUUGUGGUUGUGAUCUUUUUGGUGUUUAUGAUGCCACAUCAGUUACUUUGGCUAAGCCACGAUUUCUCCUCGCACAGCCAAACUUUUAUAAAAUAUGAAGCACUGAUAUCUUUUGUAUGCGGGGCUUUCACUUAUGCAAAUUCUGUACUAAACCCCAUCAUUUAUGGUGUGUGUAACGGCAACUUCCGAAGAGGUUGUCUGGCGAUUGUUAAGUGCCAGUGCAGUAAGGCCAGCCAAAGAAGGCAGGCAAGAAAACAGAGGACAGAAUCCUUCGGCGUUAAGCCAAAGCAAAAGCGAUUGAGGUCAGAUUCGACAUUUAGAAGUACGACCACAAUGGACUCUGUGACUAGUGCAUUGCUAAAAGAAACCAAAGACAACAGAGACCAGCAUUUACGGAAGGAAGUUUUAAAUAAAAAGGUUACUGCAAAUGGAUUUAAAAACUCUGCGCCGAGUUUAAGUAACGGAAGUGCCCCCAGAACAGUGAUAAGGGACGAGCAAACAUUCAAUGAAUCGGCAGUAAGUGACAUAAAUGCGAAUUGUUUUGCUGUGGAAAGGCCAAUGCAGCACAACUCUGCAAAACCGAAUUCUCGAAAAUCUCUUUACGAAAAUACCUCUAGAAACGGUGUAUUUAACCUGUCACUUGAAACAAAAUAUGACACGUCUUACUGGCUUAGCGAAACAGAAGCUCUUCUAAACAGGCUCUGUCAAGAACUAGACGUCGACACGACAGGAGAUAAAGGGGCGCGUUUUUCGCCGCAACGAGAUACUUCGCAAGGUCGAGAAAAGUACGCUUACGGGUAUAAUGAAAGAGAGACUAUACUCUAACCUCACGAAAGAUAAGUCGAUCUAUGAUUUUUAUAUUUGCAAAAUGAGCGUUUUUGGUCCACUAAAAUAAGCAUGGUGUAGGCGGGUACCGUGUGUUAGGGAGUAUGGCGAUUAUCACUUUUGAGAACAUGUCGACGCUGUGAUUAACCCUUAACCCAUGCUUGAAAAAAAAAACCCUGCAACUCUAAAGUUCGUCUUUUAUUUGUUUUAGGCCAGUAUCACUCUAAGUAUUAAAUACAGGAAACAAGGAACGUUUACUCGUGUAAAGACGAAAUGAACCGCAAGAAAUACAGACACCUCCUAAGUUUUGUCUGACGAAAGGCCACAGGCGGUCGUUUCACGCAGACAUAAAUCAACUUCGGUAACAGGAAAGCGUAGAGUACAAUAGCUUUUAUUAAAAUAAAUCUCGCGGGAAGGAUUUCGUCCGCGUACUGGAAAUAUAAACAAGUAUCGCUUAUACCGCAUUACAAACGUACAGAACAUUAAAAGAAAAGUAUUCGGAGGCUUUGACAUGAAAUCUUAAGUCCUCCAACUAAACAGAAUCACUUUGUACAGCAAAAAAAGGCACCUAAGCAUUAGCAUUUCUGCUCAGCACUACCGCUCAGUUGCCUCAUUUAAGAUAGUAGCUAGAAGUACGAUAGAACAGCCUCGUACAGCGUACCGUAUUGGCAAGGUCGUGCUUAUAACAGGGAUCUUUUAUGUCGCGCGGGAUGUGUUUUAAUUAAUAGGUUUUUUAUUAGCAGUAUAUACGAAUUGUGGCGAAUACAUAUAACUGACUUAUUUUGUUUGCUCACGAAAAACACGUCUUUUGAGUCGACAGAUUUUAAUUUGAGCGAACUGUUCCGUGCUCUCGUUUUGCCUUCUUCAAUUUUUCUCCCACUACUCAAUAGCACGGUCUCAGCAGUGAAAGUCUUAGCCGAGCCGGGAUCCAGCAAAAAAAAAAAAAAAUUUAUAUGUGUUGAAGAUAUUUAAUACCAAAUUACGGGUCUUGCUUUCAAGACAUACUUAAUCAAUUCAAAAUUGUCUUAAAAGGUUUUAAUUAAGCAGAGAACCCUGCCAACUUAUUUAAUAUCUACCUCGAUAAGAGUCUUAAAAUUGAUUAAAAGUCAUGAUUUCAAUUUCAAAUAUAUUUGACUAAUUAAAGUUCUUUGAAAGAGGCUAUCUGUUACCACUGUCAAGAAACUAAUGGCAGAACUUCUAGAUGUGUUGAUAGGAUUGUGUAGUUCAUCUCCGUCAGUUUAAUUUAGACCCUUUAAAGAAGCCUUCCGAACUUUAAUUAAAAUAGAAUCAAAUGUUAAGUAAAUUUCGCCAGCCCAGUGUACAAUUUUCUUUAGACACAGAGUUUUCGUUCAUAAAAUAAACAUUUUAAUAUAAUAGACAUAAACAAGAUUGUUCUUGGGAAAGAAAAAUCAAUAAAUAGAGUAAAUAAAGCCAAGAAAUAAUUACGAACUGAACAAAGAGCUCUUUCACAAUUUAUACAUUAUAGCUGGCGUCAAUUUUUNUUUAUAUGUGUUGAAGAUAUUUAAUACCAAAUUACGGGUCUUGCUUUCAAGACAUACUUAAUCAAUUCAAAAUUGUCUUAAAAGGUUUUAAUUAAGCAGAGAACCCUGCCAACUUAUUUAAUAUCUACCUCGAUAAGAGUCUUAAAAUUGAUUAAAAGUCAUGAUUUCAAUUUCAAAUAUAUUUGACUAAUUAAAGUUCUUUGAAAGAGGCUAUCUGUUACCACUGUCAAGAAACUAAUGGCAGAACUUCUAGAUGUGUUGAUAGGAUUGUGUAGUUCAUCUCCGUCAGUUUAAUUUAGACCCUUUAAAGAAGCCUUCCGAACUUUAAUUAAAAUAGAAUCAAAUGUUAAGUAAAUUUCGCCAGCCCAGUGUAUAAUUUUCUUUAGACACAGAGUUUUCGUUCAUAAAAUAAACAUUUUAAUAUAAUAGACAUAAACAAGAUUGUUCUUGGGAAAGAAAAAUCAAUAAAUAGAGUAAAUAAAGCCAAGAAAUAAUUACGAAUUGAACAAAGAACUCUUUCACAAUUUAUACAUUAUAGCUGGCGUCAAUUCUCUCUUGCUGGCGUUGAGGUCAAGGACCUGUGUCUGAUAUUUUAUUCUUUACAAUAUGAAAAGAAGUGCAUUACAAGCAAACUAAACUUGAAAAGAGUCAAAUCUUCUUGUCUCCCUGGGGCCUCAGUAAAAAGCUAUUGUUUUAUUUUUUACAAGGACAGUAUUAAAAACCAAGAAGUGUUAUUUCAAGGCGUUUGAAAUGUUGCGGGGCGUCUUGUAGAUUGAAAACGUUCUGAUAAAUGUGAUAAAGACGUCAGCGAAAACAUAUGUUUGGAGUAUGUUUAACUUAUCACUGGCGACAUUUAUAUAAAAACUGCACUGAGGAAAUCAACAAAAUCCGGUUGAAAAUUGCUGGAUUAUUUGCUUAAAAUAUCUGCUCAGACGUAAGAACAAACUGAAGAAAGUUGACUCUUUUUUGCCCUUGUUUGGAAAGCCGGCCUGCUUGUAGUCUGUAAUGUCCCACGUCUUCACCCCUCAAACCCGUUACGGGAUGUAGACGUAUGACAUUUUCUACUAGCCUGCUCGCUUGUCCGUGCGAGCGUACCAGUGGGCCGCCGCGCGCGUUUUCAUUCGAUUAAAAUAUCUGAAUUUUUUUUACAUGAUUAUACAGGCCUACAAACAGUGCUUAAACAUGCCUUCAAGCUCAGGUCAAAUGUUAGAAACAUAUGCAAUUUAUUUCGUGGAUUGGUACCUUUUUUUUCUGCUAUUAAUUGUCUUGUGGUUUCAGUGCUAAGUAUUGGGGCCCCACCUUUUAAGAUAAGAUGCUAUUCAUUUCCUGUUUGUUUCUAGAAUUUAAAUAACGUCAUUCAGCGCAGAAAAGAAAGACACAGCCAAUAUAAAGAAUGAGAUACUGAUAAGAUAACAUUUGUAGUCAUUUACACCUGGCUCACUGAAUAAAAAUGACGAAAAUGACUUGACUACCCUCCCUUUUAUCAGCCGCGCCGAAAGCCAGACUCCUCGGUAUCUAAAAAUAAUGAAAGGUAUCUUCAUGUUUAAAGGUGCGGGCGAUAUUUCUUUUUUUUUUCCUUUUUGUAUUGUAAUUAUCCCCCUUUUCGCUCACAUUGCUCUUUGUCUUACUCUCGUCUUGCACUCAGCCGUCUUGUUCAUCAUCGGCUGUCCGAUGCAGGCCGAGAAAACAGGAGAAAAGUGCACCCCGGUGUCGUGUUUCGCCGAACCGCCACCGUAAUUGAGGUUACGUGCUGCUAACAUCGUUCGCAAAUCUCGAAAAGCAUAAGGUGGCCCAUUAACCGAGUUUCUUUCUAAGACAAUUUCUUUUUUAGUGAGUGGCGUGUCCAUUAAUUAGGCAAUAGCCAAGGAGUUGGCUUAAGCGUUAGAAGUAUUUAUUCAGAACUUUUACGUAUACAUAGCCAAGUUCCCCGAAUUGUUGGGAGCUCAAGUAAGUCUUCGAGUGCUAUAUAUUUGAUUUAGAAAAGGCUUUUAAAGUGGACCGUUCCUGUAUACGGCAGCUGGCCUCUUUCACUUUCUGUGCCACCGAAAAUAUCCUUCAAUUUUGAUGAAAAAUGAUGACAUUGGAUGCCCGACUCAAGCUUCUCCGUUAAUGAACGAGAUUUUUUAGUAUUUUUGUUCCCUCAUCGCAGCUCAGUGUAAAUUGCCAGGGUUGCGGAAUACACCCUUUGUCGGAAAUGUUAUCUUCAGCUAAGCUGUCUUUGGUACCAGUUUAUAAAACGGAAGAAAAUUGUUUUUCCACUGAAUUAUCUAAGUAAUUAAAAACGUAUACUCUCUUAUAGCCUUUACAAUGAAGAAAAAACAUGAGCAACAUAAACAGGCGAUACAACCCCAAGACUGGUAGAUCAACAAAUAAAAUAGACUAUUUUUUCGUUCUAAGUGAUCUCUAGCUAAUGAGACAACCUUCAUUAAACGAAAUGGGGAUUACAUCGAUCCAGGAAACCAAACAAGGAUGACUCAAAUCAUGAUGUCGCUCAUAUCCGACCACAUCACACCUUAAAUGGUUUCUUCAGCAAUUUUCCGCAAUCUUUUCAGUCUUUUAUCACUUUGGGCCAUUGUUGACAUGGUUGAGGGAGGAGUUGAUACUGAAUUGGACCGGACUGAAAUCUCAGUCUUCAACGUUUCAUUUCCGACUACCCUCAUUUCCCAGCUCGGCGUCUGGGAGAUGGAAUAGUAUCUAAAACUGGAAUUCCCACAACGUGAAAAAAAAAACAUGAAACAUUAAUUGUGGAUUCUUGGCUAACAUGUAACAACAUGUAGUUUGAAAUGCUGUUCUGUAAAAAUCCCUGAGUAAAACUUAGAUCAAGUUUUUGGACUCUCCGCUCUUGUCUGGUAUCAUGAUACAAACGCUAGAGGAAUUAUCCCGACUAGGUAUCGAAAUCCAGUAUCAAUUAACGUACUAAAAUCUUCAAACAUUCGUCUUUCAUUGUAACGUACGUACGUAAUCAGCUAGUUGGACAUUUAGGAUGUUCACAACUGCUGCACACAUGCAGGAGUUAUUCACGUGCUACAAUACGUGCUGGUGUAGCUCAGUUAUGGGAUCGUCAUAGAUGGUUGGAAGGAGGUGACAAGUUGGGGCAAAGAAUGCAAGGUGAGCCAGUGAGAGAAUAAACGCUCAUCCUGUCAGUUUUCCCAUCGACUGUAACAAUUGUCUUCCCAUCAUAACUUGACCCUAAAUUUUAACUUUCUUAGACUUCAGCUUUCAAAACGCCUUUUCUGUGUCGCAUUCCAACUUGACCACAUGUUAAUUGGGAUCAGUUCGUUCCGAAAAGCAAAGAGGAUAUGAUGUCCCGUCACCAGAUGGAAAAGGUAUCCUGUAGUCGCCCAUUUUGAUUUCGUUCCAAACCAGUUUGGAGGUACAUUCCUUUGUUAUUUCGGGGACAUUCCAACAAUGCCCUGAGUGCCAGAGGCUUUUUUCUGAGGAAAUUUCGAGAGCUGACCUCUGGAGCCAGAUCAGAGUAUUCUAAAACAAGGUUUUGUUGUUAAUUCAACCGCCUUUUAGCAAUACCAGAUGUAACAUUCACCAUUCACUGACCGUAAUUUUUGAUGUCAUUCUUCAGUACAUUUAUUGGACGUAUGAAUUCCAACAUUAAUUGGUUUUCUUUUGACACUGUUUGGUCGUCUUUCCCCCACCCAUUGGGGUGUUGUUCUUACAAUAUUUGAACGCCAUUUAAAAAAUUACUCUUGGAGGUGAUUUAACACCAUUUCGAUCGGACGUCUUGCCAACUCCCCGUACUGGACUACCACCACAAUGAACCCAGAAAUUCAACCCAAUUUCCAAAUCAGUCAUUUUGUAAAAUACUAAAAAACAUUCGUAGCAAGUAAAAUUGCUGCCAAUGAUGUCUCAUUCUGUUUGAGUGGUCACUUAACAGGAUUUCGUCCACAGACUCACAAAGUAAAGCUACCUUAGAUACUCUAUCCUUAACUUUGAUAGUGAAAUGGUUAGUAAAAUUGGACCACACUAGAACGUGAUGCCAUUUGUCAUUCUUAACGCCAUCUCAACGCGCGUGGCCACUUGGUAAUCGGCUUUGACGGCGCUGUAGCCACAGACCGCAACCGACCUUUUUCAAUCCCCACUUCUACGGAAUUGAGACGCUUUCCACAGGUGGCCAAUAAAUGAACGUCACGAACUUACCUUUCCACCAGGAAUAAGGACACUCGCUGUGAUCGCAUCGCUCUUACAACGCGUUUCAAUUAUCAUCGCACAUCCAAUACCAGCCAGCCAGCCAGCCAGCUAUCUCUCCUCGUUCCUCGCGAAAGCUCCCAAGCGGCGCGGAAAAAAAGGGGCAGAGACACGGCUGUUUUUGCAGGCUCAUACCAUCAACGCCAUUUGGUAAAUUUACGUUCAGCCUUUCUACAGUCAAACCAAGGACACGUGAACAAACUAAAAUCUAUUCAACAAAAAAAAGAACUCUCGCUACUUUUUAGUGCUUACACAUGUCAGUGAUGUGGAAAACGUUCAGCAGUUGAUUUAGGAAUUAAUUAUAAUAAAGUUGUGAGCAAGCGACAAAUAGCCACAUCAAGAAGGCAUCAUUAACUAUAUAUUUGUAAGAAUGUGACCAGUAUGAGAAUCGCUAAUUUAGGAAGGCUCUUAACUUAAGCCACGCCAAAAAUAAUCGCGCACAGCAUAAAUUUCUCAGUUCAAUUUCGAUCAAGUUUUACUUUGACUACAGGGCGUCACCGGCUUACUGUCUGUCAAGGCAGAGUUAGGUUGGGCCCACCAACUUAGAAUUUUGAAUGUAUCCCUAAAGGAAAAUUGCAAUAGGAAAUCAUUUGGAAAUGGUACCACAGCGAAGUGUGUUUUCGUUUGUUGACUUGAGUAUACAGUGGAUCAAUCAACAUGGUCAAUGAGGACCCUCUGUGAAACAAUUUGUCCAAUUAUACAGCGUCAAUUGUUUCAUCGCUAAGAGUCAAUCAGAUCGCACUGAAACAAUUAAUUACUCGGUUCGUGACUUCCUUUGUUCAAUAUGUCAUCUCCAUAAACACAAUGAAUGGCAACUGUCGUUUAAAAAAAAUCUGUAUUACGAAAGAAAUUAACUAAGUAUUUUACAAAGUAUUUGGAAUAUUAAAGCUAUCUGUCUAUUGAAACGAAAAGUAAUACAACUCUCGAAACGUUUGUUGAGUAGCUUUAGAGCUUGCUUUCUCCUCCAGAAAAAUGAAGUUGCGGUUGUUUUGUUUGGAUUUGUCUAACACAAUUAUAAGAAAAACAAUACUUAAGCAAACAACACGUUGCGUGUAAGUUCAGAGGAAACUAAUAUAGCACGCUAACUUUCUUGUUUCAGUCUAUGGAAGUAAAACAUGUAGUUGUUACUUCCUCAAUGGCGUGGGGGCGCUCAUCAAACCUUAGGCAAGAAUCAACCUGAAUGGUCAAAAAAUUAACGAAAAGCUCACUCACAGCGGGGCUUCUACUCUUUAAUUCAGCGUUAGGGGAAGUUUAUGCUCGGCAAGUUACGAACAAUAAAAGCAAUCAACUAAACAAAUGAAUGUAGGCUAAAGAGGAACGAGAUAUUUUGUUUACAUUUCUAAUCCAAAGGCAAUCGAUCUUUUAUGGCGUUCCUUUUUCAUGUGAGAGGUAUCACGAUAAUUAUAAUUAAAGAGCAUUAAGUUAAUUACAUCUACUUAAUUAAAUCGAGAUUGAUUUAACCUAAUUUAAUCGCAUAGCGUGAGAGAGCAAGUUCAAAUAUACGAAAACUUAGGAGCGGUGAACGCAUCUUGACAAAACGUGUGUCGCACAAAAUAAUUAAAGAAAUAUCUCGAAAAAUUGGCGUAGUACAAUUGGACUUUAUAUUGUUGACUGACCUUUGAUAAUUUUAGCGCCUUUAAAAUAAAUACUGAUACCGUUAUCAAGCUUCAUCAAAGCGGAACAACUUUAUUCAAACCAGUGUUCUUGAAACACGCAAGGUUUGGAAGAAGUAAAAAAAUAUGAAGUUACAUUUUAUAAAAUACCACUUUUCAGUUUUAUAGAAGACCUUGCUUUGGGCGGUGACGCUUAAAGCACACAACUUCGAUCUAGGAGAUAGUUGGAUUCUGCUACAUAUGGGUCUAAGGGCAUGGUGCAGUGGACCUGUUCAGUUUAGAACAUGCGAUCAUCUCACUACUCCAAGUUUACAUUAAACUGCUCUUUUUAUUGAGGAAGUAUCUCAAUUUAAAAGUGCUGUUUAAUAAUUUUAAUUUAAGUUUUUCUGGAUUCACCCACAAGAAGAACUCGAGUAGAACUCGUACGUCUCGAUUAAAGUUUGACUCUAGAUAUCAAGGGGUUACAGAAAGCUUCCAUCAAUGUCUAUCACAAGUUACACGGGUUUAAAGUUACCCUGUUAUGUAAACAGCUACAUUUUAAACUACAUUUUUAUUACGGAUUAACGUAUUAACGUAAUGAUUUUCGGACUUCCUGUUUAUCAUUUUUGGGGUUACGACAAGACGUGAAGAAAUGUGACCAGCUCUACGGGCUGUACAUAUUAAAAUCACUGAUACUCUUCUAACGGAAAUAGUUUCUACAGGGGCGUCAGGCAGUAGCACGUUGAAUCUUGCGGUAAAAAAGAACCCUGAAUCGGUUCGUGGUCAACAUCAGUACUGGUUUCUUUUGCUGGGUAAAAAAGAGAACGGAAAAGUAUUAUUUAGAUCGCGGUUAAUGCAAAAAUAAGAUUGAUGAUUGUUAACAAGAGUUGUGGGGGUUUGGAGAAGUCCAGCAUAAGCCAUAUUACCAGGUGUUGAGUCAUCGUCAAACUAUCAUUUAAGACGUCUCUUGGUUUCUUGAAGCAUACGCUGAUAAUGAACUCAACUGCUCAAGGAAAUGAAUCAAGCGCAAGUUCGUUCGUGGAACCUCUGUCUUUUAAAGUAACGAAGAUUGUACUCUACGCCAUGAUCCUCAUCUUCGGGACGGUAGGAAACACGAUGAUCAUACUGAUCAUUUGUAAAUUUAAACAAAUGAAAAAGGCGCCUGGAAAUCUUUUCAUCCUAAAUCUCGCCGUAUGUGACCUGCUUACUCCGCUUGUGAGCAUUCCUCUUGACCUUGCUUUGGUGGAAAGCAGCGGCAAGUGGUAUCUUGGCCGUGUCCUAUGCAAGUUGCUUCCUCCAAUAGCCACCUUUAUCGCCACUGUUUCGCCUCUUACAUUAGCCGUGAUCUCUCUGGACCGAUAUCGAACCCUACUGCAUCCUUUUAAAAAACGUCUGUACAGGAAGACCGUAAAGACCUUCAUAGUCUUGGUGCAUUUGUUUUCAGGUAUAUUAGUCCUUCCUUAUAUCAUAACUUUGGAGCUGUCUGCCGAUGGACAUUGCUCAGAAGUUUGGCCCAAUCCGGGUCAAGUACAUUCGAAGAUAUACACAGUUGUUCUCUUCCUGGGUCAGUACGCGCUCCCGCUUGUUUUCAUGGCUGCCAUGUACAUUUCGGCUGCAAGAAGCCUCUUUGUAUCGACUCAACGCGCGCGUUCGAUGUCGCUUAGCUCUUGGAAAAACUCAUCUACAGCAGAGGGGAGAUCAAGAAAUGGAUCUGGAAAUGAUUCAUUAUCAGUGGAAGCCGGGAUGAUUCGUCCUCGUGAAGCUCGGUCGUACGACUCGUUAGAAAGACACUUCUACAAAGAAAACCUACACAACGUUCAGGUCACCAAGAUGUUUAUAGUGAUUGUGCUCGUUUUCGCUGUGAUGACUCUACCACUAGAAGUUUUAUGGAUGUGGUCGGAGUUUGGUGAUGGCAAAACAAGUCGCCUCUACCCGGCUAUUUCAGUUAUGUGUCGUUUAUUCACGUAUGCGAAUAGUUGCUUUAACCCGAUUAUCUUCUACAAGUUAAGCCGCGAUUUUAACAGAGGGUUUUCAAAAGUCUUCAGAAAGUGCACCCCAUGUCGUGCAGAUAAGAGCGCAGUUAAAGAAACACAGCUGGGUGCCAUAAGUGCAUAUGGAACGUGGGAUCGCAACAUAAUGAGGACCCGCACUCCAUCUUGGUUGACCCCUCGUGGAUCUUUCCAAAGCGGACAUUCCGUGAGUUUCGCAGAUCAAGAAAAGGCAAGCCCUGAAAUAAAAAUGGAAAAUCACUUAAACGUACCGGGAGCCGAAUUCGAAAAUCACAAGAAAUCAUUCUCUGUUGAAAUGUUUAACAGAAUUUCAAUUAAUAAAUUGCCAGAGGGUAAAUAUCCAAAAGGUGACAUUGCUGACUCUUUGCGUGGCUCUGUCCUGAGGGUCGCAUCCACGAGUAACGAAAACGUGCUAAAUAGAAACUGCUGUAUAUCAAUCAACCUUUUGCUUUGCGAAGGGAACAUCGCAAUAGAGUUAGGAAACUUGGAGUCCUUAAUAGUUCUUCCACAAACAGACUGUUAG